UUCCCGACUUCCUUUUCUACUUUCUACUGGAUAUAUAUAAAGAUUCCCUUCUGUCAUCAGCAAACCAUGGCGGAGGAGGAGAAUGCGAUGACGAUCCCCGCCGCCGCCGACGAUAGAUCGCCGGUAAAGAAGAAGCUGCAGAAAGCAACCAAAGGGCGGCAGAAAAUACCCAUAAGGAAGAUAGAGGACAAGAGCCAGCUUCAGGUCACGUUCAGCAAGCGCAGGAAAGGUCUUUUCAAGAAAGCCAGCGAGCUCGGGCUCCUGUACGGAGCCCACGUGGCAGUCAUCGCAUUCUCCCCCGGCGGGAAGGUCUUCCCCUGCGGUUACCCUGACGCCGACUCCGUCCUCCGCCGCUACGGCGGCGGCGGCGGCCGGGGGACGUUCUGGUGGGAGGAGGAGAAGGUGGAGGAGAUGGGUUUGGAAGAGCUGGAGGAGUUUGUGGGAGCUGUGGAGAAGGUGAGGGAGAAUGUGAUGAAUCGUAUAACUCGAUUGCAUGUUUAGGGUUUAGAAGUUGUUUAAGUUUUGUUGUUGGAAUGGAAAUAUGAGAGGUACUUGAACGUUGCCUUGAGUAACAAGUAACUGUUUAUGGUGUGAUGAGUUUGAUUACUUAUUGGUGAUUUGGUGACUACUUUGUCUAGAUUAGCAGCAUUUUUCAGAGAAUUCUAUAAGCAAGUGUUCUCGAAUCGUGGUUAUAGAUUAAUUUGAUUUCAAAGUCGAUUAGUUGAUCCUUGUCGAUCUAUUGGCCUUUACGUAACUGAAAUUAUAAAUUUUAUCGGAUGUC